CAUCUGCCCUACAGGGUCCAACAAGGAGCGACAGUGGACCUUGCGAUCUCCGCAUCUAAUUCCACCCUCUGCAUAUAUACCCAUCGUCCAUGGCCGAUCAGAACAACACCAUUGACCACAAGCCAUCCUCGGCACCCACAGCAGCGCAACACCAAUCCUUUCUGCCCGGACCUACAAAGCCAUAUCAACCCACCACGCCUUCCAUCAUCCACCAGUCUACCACUACUACUCACCGUCGCCACACUUCUGAGUCUUCGGAGGAAGCAUCCCGUUCCUUCCAAAAGGCUUUGUCAUCCCGCCACCGCCCUCAAUCGAGUUCUUCAACCAAGCCACCUCACUCCUACGACGGUUCACCUCGAGACUUUAGCAUCAUGCAGCGCUCCGUCAGUCCUUCAGAGACUCCUACCAAGUACACCAAGACUGGUCGUAUCUCCAAGGCAAAGAAGGGCCUCAAGGUCCACCUUUGCGAAUCAUGUGGAAAGUCUUACACCAGGGCUGAGCACCUGAGGAGGCACCAGCAGAACCACAACGGCGCUGCCUUGCAGUGUGACUGGCCCGGUUGCGGCAAGACCUUCCACCGUACCGACCUCUUGGAGCGUCACCGGGAAAGGCACAACGACCCGAACAACGAAGAGAACCGCAGGGGCUCCGUCACCAGCCACGGCUCCUCCAGGAGUUACGAAACGCCCAUGGCCGUUGCUUCCCCGCAACCCCAAGACAUCAUGCGCACCUCGCUCCCUCAAGUCAGCCAGGCCGCCUACUCGGUGACUUCCACUCCCGGAAUGAUCGACGCAGUGCAAAGCUCAGCGGCAAGCUCGACGAAGAUGCCUUUCGCCACGGCGCCGCCCUCUUACGCACGCACUUCCAUCCCCAUGGCAGAGGACCUCGCGGCGCAUACCGGCUCGCAGUUCUUCGGUGACUGGGGCUGGACUAGCCCCCCGCCCGAGUAUCCCGAGUACCCUCCUACGACUAGCGGUUAUGGCUCCCCGGGCCACAUUUCGAGCUACCCCGACUACCCUUACGCUACGAACCCUUACCCCGCAUGCCGCCCUCGCACCUUGUCCAACGCUUCGUUCAUCGACCCCUUCAUGCAGACGCUGCCUAGGUCUCCUGCUUCGGUGACCUCGACGCAACCAUUCUACUGGCUCGAUGUCGAGAGGGACCCCAACAUGCAUAGCAUUGCCCUCUCGGACAGCUCCGGCAUUCCCUCUUACGCCACUUCCGAUACCUCGAUCUAUGCGGCCUCUUCCGAUCAACUUCACGCAUCGAUUAUGGCAGGUCAUUCGACUCCAUCUUUUAGGUCGUUUGACGACUUUGACAACGAAGAGUACCGUGUGUUAUUCCCGGACCACCCAUUCGGAACCCCGGUUAUUGACCCUAUCCAGAUGAAUGAGUGGCUCAGCAAUUACUGGCUCCGCUUCCACCCGACCUUUUCAAUCAAACACAAACCGACGUUCGACCCCCGGAACGAAUCCCCUCUUUGCUUGGCAGCAAUGUUGGCAGUAGGUGCGCAGUAUUCCGACGUCGCCGGGUCAAAGGCCCAAAGCAGAAUACUGCACGAGCGGUGUUUAAAGGCACUCGCAAAGCGGGAAAAUGAAGGCGUAACAUCUGACCGGCCCUGCGAUAUGCAGGCAGUCUUCCUCAUUGAGGUUCUUUCUUUGUUCUGCGGUAAAAGGGCGCAGACUGGACUGUCAACUGCUUUCCAGAGCAUGUAUCGCAGCCUUUCCGCAGAACACAACGCCCGCCGCACCCGCGCCUUUAACUCGCCAACCGACUGGCAGCAAUGGAUCCACACCUCGGCCAGAACACGCCUACUCACAGCCUGUUUCAUCCUCGACUCCCAGCAGCAACUACUUCUUUUGCGGAAUUCGCCUAUCAUACCGAUUCCGCAAGACGUACCCGCACCAGAGCCGCUAUCGACAUGGGACGCGGGCUCUUGGGCCUGGAACGAGCAAAUCAACGCCAGCCACAACGCCUUCGCCCAGACGGAAACCGCACAGCAAUCUCCCGACGGAUUCGAAAGCCUCUACGAACUCUUCAUGCAAAGAAUCCGCACCGACGAAGACGCAACCGUGACGCCAACCGCAGCUUCUGGAUCCCACCGCCCCAGCAUUUCCGAAUUCCUGGCCGAGAGCAAAGGCACCACACUGGUGCGGCACGGGAUCCAAAUCGCAGAAACGGCGCCGCUGCACGCGCUCCUGGCCGUAGCAGGCGAGACGUGGGUCUUCGACGAGAAGCUGACAGCAGAGCGGCACGCUGCAGCCAAGCGCACGCUGCGGGACUGGACAGCCGGCUUCAGCAGCGCAGACGCGCCGGCAAGCGCAGCGCUCUUGCACGCUCUGGGCGCGCUACGCCUCGCUUGCGCCGCCGAAGACAACGGGCACGACAGUGCUACUGCGCGCCUGGCGCCGGGCUUGGAUCUGAUCCUCCUCUACGCGGCGCUGACGCUGUGGGCGUUUGUGCAAUCGGCUGCAGAAGCCGCCACGCCUGGCGCGCCGUCAUCAUCAUCAUCAUCCACCACCACCACAGCAACGACGGCGCACGCGUUCCUGGCCUCCACGCGCACCACGCCAGCUACACCCGCCGAGGUCCCCGCUCUCGCGCACGCACUAUCCAGCAUCAGCGCGCAGAACGGCGGUCUCGACGAGUGGCAGGCGGGCGUGGACGCGGUGCUAGGCUGGGCGGUGGACGCGCUUGGCUGCGGCGGCGAGGUGCACGGGGCGGCGGUGCGCGUGCUCGAGGGGAUUCGGCGCCGGGGGUGGCGCGCUGUCUGGUUCUGAUAACAGGAUCAAGCAACGCUUGCCGCUGCGGACGAACGAACAAGAACUAAAACAAUAACAACAAGAAAAUCACAGUGAAAAAGAAAAGAAAAGGAAAA